AUGGAUCAGUCAUCGAAUAUUUCACGUUCAUUUUCGUUUUUGAAUAAUCAGAUUCAAAGAACAAAAUCAACUCCACCAGCAAACUGGAAAGCUUCUUUUCCGAUCAAAUGUUUGCUCGUUUUCUUUAUUCUAUUCUCAUUUGGCUUAAGCAUCAUCGUCAUCGCCUUAGUUAUUACAUUCGCAUCUUUAUACAAACCAACAUAUCAAAUCGAAACGACAACAAUAGGUGCAACAGUGCCGAAUGCUGCUUCAUGUGGAAAACAAGAGAUUCUACCGUACGUACCAUUUCAACGUAUUUACGGAGGAAUUGAAGCUGUACCGAAUUCUUGGCCUUGGGUUGUUUUCUAUAUCGAAACUCCUCCAUGUAGCAGUUCAAAUUGUACAUCGAGCAUCUGCGGUGGAACGUUAAUUCAUCCUCGAUAUGUUCUCACCGCCGCGCAUUGUAUAACUGCAACCAAUGGAUCAUUUAUUCGAAUAAUUGCCGGUUUACACAAUACUUCAUCAACCCUCGAGAGAAACGUUCGUCAAACUCGCCGUGUGGAAAAAGUCUUCAUUCAUCCAACAUUUGUUCAAUUAUCGCUACUCGGUGAUAUUGCAAUUCUUCAAUUAAAUGCUCCCUUCUACCUUAACAGAUUUAUUCAAUUAGCAUGUUUAUCUGAUCAACAACCACUAGGGAACGAUACGGUCAUUAUAGCUGGAUGGGGUUCUGCAGAAUUCCGAGGAAGAUAUGCACCUGUGCUUAAACAAGCAUUUACCCAAGUGAUUGCUGGGUGCAAUCAAUGGUGGUCAGCGGAAGGCGUUGAUGAACGAAGACAAAUUUGUGUUGCCAAUAAUAUAACAGGUGUAUCAGCAUGUAGUGGAGAUAGUGGAGGUCCAAUCUUAUCCAGGGAUGCACAAAACCGGUGGAUUGUCUCAGGGAUUGCGUCAUACGUUGAAAGAUUUAAUUGUAAAACGAAUAAUAGUAGACCCAAUGUUUAUACUCGUGUUGCUUAUUAUCUUCCAUGGAUUCAUCAGAUUGCUUAUUCGAAUAAAUCGCUUGAUUGA